AUGCGCAACAUAUGGCUACCGCCAAAACCAAAUGCAAACAACUCCAACACCCCGCUUAACCUAUCUCCUCUGACAGAAGUGCAACGCUCCUGUGCUACGUUAGACAACUUAGCUAAGGUGGCACAGACCUGGACUCACUUCUCGCGUGAUGCCUAUGCUACCGCGCCGGAGAAUGCCGAUCGACAACACAAACUCAUGCGUUACGUGGAUCGGGUGCUUCGCAAUUGUAACGACCGUUGCCUGGCGUGGUGCAGUCGUCAGACCCUGGCCCGACUCUUCAAGUUCUUCUUCCUGACUGCGGUUAACUUUCCACUGAACGCUGCCAAUUGCUCCGUCUCGGGAAAUGUGAGUGAUCCGUCAGGGGUUAAACCAGCAAUAGGGCUGUCAGCUGCCAAAUCUGCUGUUAACACGAACGUUAUCGUGAAUUUUUUGGGGAGCGGAGUAGGUUUCGUUGAUGUCGCGGACUACGAUGAGGACGGGGACGGAGAGGUUAAAGAAGACAAUGGAAAGCGGGGGAGAAGGGGAAAGGAAGGAAAGGGUGACGGUGUGUCCAUUACUGCAGCCAGAACUGAAAGGCUGGCGAACAAGACGACAGUGUCUGUCGAGCCACAAAUGCAAGCGGGGGUGGAUUCCAAACGGACCCAGAAACCGCGCGAAGACAAGCCCAACCAGCAUCUAAAUGGAGAGAAGGGAGAUGCAACGGAAAAGGAAGGAAAGGGUGAUGGUGUGCCCAUUGCUGCAGCCAGAACUGAAAGACCUGCGAAUAAUCCGACAGUGCCUCUUAAGCCACGGAUGGAAGCGGAGGUGGAUUCCAAACUGACCCAGAAACCGCGUGAAGACAAGCCCAACCAGCAUCUAGAUGGAGAGAAGGAAGAUGCUGCGGAAAAGGAAGGAAAGGGUGACGGUGUAGCCUCUUCUGCAGCCAGAACUAAAGGACCUGCUGUAGUAUCUGAAGAAGUCCUCGAAAAAACAGCGACAGUGCCUGUCGAGCCAGGGACGCAAGUGGUGGUGGAGUCCAAACUGACCCAGAAACAGCAUCAAGGCAACCUCAAGCAGCGUCUGGAUGAAAAGAAAAUGGAUGACGUGGAAAGGCGUAGACGCCUCGUCAAGAUGUGGAGGCAGAAGUAUGGAUCGCGAUCGUUACCAGCAUGGGUGCCUUAA